AUGUCACUGAAUACAAAUCCUGUCUCAUCUGCUGCAUGCCUGUCCUAUCUACACGGUCAGUGCCCGCUCUCGGCGAGUGACUGCCCCAACCUGCAUAUUCGGCCUACCUCUCGCCAUGAAAAGCCUUGCUAUGACUUUCUACGGGGUCACUGUGCCUAUGGCACCAAGUGUCGUUGGAGCCACGCCGUGGAAGGUCCUCAGUCUUCUCGCCGGGUUGGUAACGAGGAACAUCCUCGCUAUCGUUCCAGUUCCGAACAUUAUGCAUACGCCUCACCUGCAAGCGCUGUUGUGCCCGUCUUCGGGGCUCUCUACCUUCCCUCGCAGCGCCCCUGGUAUGCACUGGCCUCUACGCCGCAGCCUAUCACCCCACACUCAGAGUUUUCGUCUCUUGAGUUACCUCUGUCGCUUUCGACAUCUCCUGCGGCCAGCGACGCACCCAGUCUCAGCAACGCUUCAUCUGACACUGAAUCUGCCUAUGGCUCUGACCCUUCUCACGAUACGUAUGACCCAGUAUCUGCUUCCGUAUUGAAGCUGGCCAUGCCGCAAGGCAUGUCUGCUCACGCACCGCCUGGCUUCUCGCCGAACGCUGCCCACCCAUACAUGUUCUCGCCGAACAUGGAUUAUUUCCCACCACUGCCGCCCGCACCUGCUACGCCAAAGCUCGACCGCCCGCCUUUGUCACGGCGCAGCACACAUAAGAAGGCCAUGGCUUACCGAUCUAAACCGUGCAGGUACUGGAUCGCGGAACAGAACUGUCCGAAGGGAGAUCAGUGCACAUUUCGGCACGAUGACGAGGACGCGGACCUACGCGUACGAACCCCAUCCGAGCUUGCGCUUUUGGCCUCGACCACGAAACCUUCCCCUCCGACACCUGCUUCUCCCGUCCGGCCGUUGCUACCCCCGCGUCCGAAGUCGGAGAUCGAAGAACUGCGCGCGCGGGGGAUUUAUCCUAUUACAUGGCGCGUUAUUGGUGGUGGCGUGAAGAUGGGCGGGCAACUACGGACAUGCCAGAUCUUUGCUGAUGGGUCGUGCAACAUGGGCGACGACUGCCCCUACGUACACGAUGAGAAGGAGGUUCUACCGCCGGGCGGGAUUCGUGAUGUAGCUGCAACUGAAGCGCUCGUGCUCCGGCCGCGCCCGGCCGUUAUUGUUCUCAGGCCGGCUCCGGUGCCACGAGUUACCGCGGCCGAUAAGGCGCCCGCGACCGUCGCCGAGGCGCUCAGCCCUGUGUCUCCUCUAGACCUCAAGUCGUCGCUGACGCUCCCCGCCGAUGCUCUACAGCGGGCGCGCUCUACACCUCCGGAGCUUACCCGCCGGGAUACAGCGUCAGAAAGGCAGAAGGCCUUCCUCGCUGAAUCGCCAGCCUUCUGA